UCGAGCAUAUUUGGCAGUAGGACUGCAUCGCUUGUAUAACCAUGGCGAGGACUGAUGCAUGUGCGUAUUUCAAGAAUCCAAGUCUAUUUUGGAUUUCAGUAAUCUUUUUCUCCAUGGGAUAUUACACGUGCACAGUGUUUUGGCCAGAGCAGAUACCCUUUGACAUGCUGGGUCCCCUGGGAUCACUGUCCAAAUACCUGCUUGAAAAUCACUACCCUCUCCUGUACACUGGCUGGUGGAUGGCCUGGCUCGUGCAUGUGGCUGAAGCCCUCUACAGCCUGAAGGUCUGCAGUGAUAAAGGAGUGGACAGUCUGACGACUCGAGGCCUGUGGUUCCUGCAGACCUUCCUGUUUGGCUUUGCCUCUUUGAUCCUGCUGCUAAAAUACAAGCCUGAUCCCCGCCCCAAACGGCAGUGAGACCAGUGGAAUCCUAUGGGUCCAAACACUCUGACCAAUCAGUACCAAGAUUAGUGAGGCCACUCUGAAAGCUUGACCAAGCGGUACCGAGACCAACAAGACCACCCUGAUUCAUCAACCAAUCGGUUCCAAGAUAACUGAGCCAAGUACCAAGGCACCCUGAAUUCUCAACCAGUUGGAACCAUGGCCACCAAUACGGUUUGGCCAAUAAGUAUGCACACACAUUCUCUCCCCGUGGAGGGAGUAGCCACCUUUUUACAUGUACCAGCAGGACACUUUUAGGAGCCAUUCCUUAUGUACUGCUUGAGAGCUUGAAGACACUGCUAAAGAUUACCCCAAAAAUAAUUUUAAAAAGUAUUUUAAAAAUGAUCCAACAAAAAUAACACUAAAAUUUGGUGUAAAUUGAUGACAAGUGUGUUGAUUGUGUGAAUUUUGUUAUUUCAUUUUAUGUUUAAAAAAAAAAAUUCUGGUAGCUGUAGGGCUUGAAUAAAGACCGGAUGCUGUGAACAUUCAA